CCAAUAGGGGUGCACGGCUGAGGCUGUAAUAUAAAGUAAAGAUGCUCGUCAUUCAACUACUAUGGUAGGAAUCAGAGCCAGGUCUGUCAGCAGGCGAAGGCACUGCAGGGCGGCAGGCGGGGGACUGCGCCCAGUCAUGGCGGACCAGAGCAACGCGAUCCGACGAGCCACGCAGCGGGAGACGGAGGUGAGAGCGGCUACCAUUUUGAAAUUCAACUCCCCUCAUUGUGCGUUGAAAGAGUUGGAGCGAACAAAGCGGCGCCUGAUGAUAAACAAGAUACGCCCCAGCUUUCAGGCUUUGAACGCAACGAGGGACCAGGAGGACCAAAAGAAAGGAAGUGUCACUUUAAAUGAAAUGCACUCGUUGGACGAAAGCUGAGUCCGCUUGUUCUUAGUUCGAACGGAGUCUGACGCUGCUCGGGGUCAGUUCUGUUUUAGUUGGCGCCAUCAAAUACAUUCCGGUUGAGCCCCGCUUCAAAGGAAUAAAAAUAUGUUUGCUGGAACAGCCGGAAGUAGAGACAUGCGUCAAAGGAGUCUUUUAGAUUAAAUGACAGGGCUUUAGUGUAAAUGAAUGUACAAAUGUGUAAGAAGCUGCACAGAUGUGGCCCCAAUCAAAGCGAGCUCCCAAAUCCCAUUAGCCAGAACAUCUGAGGAGAAGAUGCGUUCAGGGGCCGUCAUGGAGGAGCUUUGAGGCCGGGCUUGUUCAAAUCAAAGGCCUGAGAGAUGAUUUUUUUUUCCUCUUUUUUAUGUGCGAUACUCGUGUCAUUCAGAAAAAAUAAAAUAAACGCGCUCGGCUAAUCUGCGGCUUGGAAAGGACAACAGCCAAUGCUCCGUGUUCAAGCUUCCCCCCUACCGGGCGGCCCAAGAGUCUGUCGAUACGGAGGUUUGAUGUUGGAUGGAAAAUAAGAACCCCCCCCCCCCCCCACCCCCACCCCCCACCACCAAAACACACAACAAACAGCGAGGGCUGGAACACAGAGACUGGAACAGAGGAAGAGGGGCUAGAAAGGGAAGAACCAUCGACAGAUGGACUGUGCGGUGAUUAAAGAUGGCGGCGGUCUUUACUGCAGACUACGAAGGACUAUUGUGGAUCCAUAGAGAAGCGGUGGGAGUAGCCUGCGGUCCGGCACCACCAGCCCAAGAAGCUCCCAGUAAGGUCCAUGCGGAUUGCAAACGCAAUCUAGUUUCCCAUUUCAUAGCAACGAGGGGGAUGAUACCGUCACCGCACACGAGCAUGUUUAAAAAGCGCACAAUGGAGUGGUCAGUCAGCGGCCGUUUCGCUGGAGGACCUGCGAGGAGCACAAUCAGACUGAAGGUUUUUCUUUGUGGCGCAGGCGGACUUCUGGGUCUUGUAGUCGUGCUGCUCUACAGAAGUGUGAUUCGCGGCCGCCGGGACUAUGAGCGUCAGCGACCAAAGGGGCUUCCUAGCAGACCUGGGAGGCACCUUCACUGAGGAUGCUCCCAGACCUCCAGUCCCAGGAGAAGAGGGGGAUCUGGUGGGCGGCGAUGGACGCCAGCACAGCAGCCUUGGCUGCUGCUCAAAGAACGAAAGCCUCAAAUGCGAGGCGUCUGUGGCUACACCCAGGCGACCCGACUUGGAUCUGGGUUACGAGCCAGAGGGCAGUGCCUCUCCCACACCACCCUACUUAAAGUGGGCAGAAUCUCUCCAUUCCCUCCUGGACGACCAGGAUGGCAUCCAUCUCUUUAGGACUUUCCUCAAGCAGGAGGAGUGUGCAGAUAUUCUGGACUUCUGGUUCGCAUGCAGCGGAUUUCGCAAACUUGAAGCCAACGAGGGUAACGAGGAGAAGAAGGUGAAACUGGCAAAGGCUAUUUACAAGAAGUACAUCUUGGACAACAAUGGGAUUGUUUCCAGACAGAUUAAACCAGCAACCAAGUCCUUCAUCAAAGACUGUCUGUCGAAGCUCCAUAUUGAUCCUGCAAUGUUUGACCAGGCUCAGACUGAGAUACAGACGAUGAUGGAGGAAAACACCUACCCUCUAUUUCUCAAAUCUGACAUUUAUUUGGAAUAUACCCGGACAGGAGGAGAGAGCCCCAAGCUGUACAGCGAUCAGAGCUCGGCGUCUGGGAACGGGAAGGCGCUGUCGAGUUACCUGCCGACCCUGAACGAAGACGAGGAGUGGCGAUGCGACCAGGAGGCGGACGAGCAGCCUGAGCGCGAGCCCUCGCCGAGCAAGCGGCUCACGCAGAAGCUGCUGAUGGAGACGGCGCCGCAUCGGGCCGGAGCCGGCGCGAGGUUCCAGGACACUCACGAGUACAGACACACGCCGUGCCGGGAGCCCACAAACCCGUAUUACGUCAACACCGGCUACGCUGUGGCACCGGCCACCAGCGCCAACGACAGCGAGCAGCAGAGCUUGUCCAGCGACGCAGACAGCAUUUCUCUGACCGACAGCAGCGUCGAUGGAGUUCCACCCUACAGAUACCGCAAACAGCAUCGCCGAGAGAUGCAUGAAAGUGCCAAAGCAAAUGGGCGAGUGCCACUACCUCACAUCCCACGCACCCACCGCAUUCCAAAGGACAUUCACGUGGAGCCGGGGAGGUUCGCCGCGGAGCUGAUCGGCCGGCUGGAGGGCGUGCUGAGGGAGCGCGAGGCUCAGGAGAAGCUGGAGGAGCGACUGAAGCGAGUACGAAUGGAAGAAGAAGGCGAUGAAGUCGUCAUGUCCACAGCCACUUCAUUAUCCAGUCACAGGUUCCCCCCUGGUGCUUAUCUGCAGAACUACAACUCCCGCUACGCCGACGUCGCCUACAGUGGUCCAAUACUGAGGGACGCUCACGAGGAGAACCCCGAGAGCAUCCUGGACGACCAUGUCCAGCGGGUGAUGAAGACUCCCGGCUGCCAGUCACCGGGGACGGGCCGCCACUCUCCCAAGGCCCACUCCCCGGACGGCUUCCCAGCUGCCAAAGGCCCGGGAUUCGCUACGGCGUCGGCUCAGGGCAAGAAUCCCUCCAGGCACGGGUUCAAGGGCGACGCCAGCCACCUUUACCACCACAAACACGUGCACCAUGCUCACCAUGCGGGCGUGGGGAGGCCCAGGGAGCCGGCGGAGGCCGAGGCGGCCGUGCGCGUGUACGGCACCUUUCCCUGGAGUGUGGAGACAAGUCAUUACGAACCCAAGCCUCGCAGCUAUGCAGACGGCGUGGGGUUCAACCCCACGGAGCAUUCAGGCUACAGUAGCAAAAGUGGCGCACAGUGUAAACGAGUGUUGAAGAAAGGUGAGGAUGGGCGGACCCAUGACAUGGUGGGGCCCACAGAGGAGAUGGAGAAAAACCAGAAGAUCCUGUUGUGGCUCAUGGAAGGACAGAAGGAGAUGGUUCAGCAUAAGAGGAGCCCGUACGGGAGCACCACCGGAUCCAAACGAGCCCCGGGUCUCACAGCAGCCGAGUGGUCGGGGACGGUGCAGCCGUCUCACCCCUUCAUCCAGGAUCCCACCAUGCCCCCCAAUCCAGCCCCCAGUCCGCUCAUCCAGCUGGAGGAGGUCCGGCGGCGGCUGGAGGAGGAGAAGAUCAAGUCCGGAACGGUCCAACCCAAACAAAGGUAUGUGAUGGAGGUGAUCCAGAGGGGCCGCACAACAGUCAGGCCUGCUCUGUUCCCUCCACUCAGUGUGGUGCCGGCCGUGUCCGACAGCAAGCUCUCCCAGCCCGAGCACAAGGUCGCAAAGAAGCAGCCGUGCGAAAACACGACCGUGGCGUAUUACUUUUGCGAGGAGCAGAUCCCGUACAGGACAUUUGUCAAAGGGAAGGUUGUCACUCUGGGCCAGUUCAAGGAGCUGCUGACAAAGAAAGGAAAUUACAGGUAUUAUUUCAAGAAGGUAAGCGACGAGUUCGACUGCGGGGUGGUGUUUGAAGAGGUGCGGGACGAUGACGCUAUCUUGCCCAUCUUUGAGGAGAAGAUCAUUGGGAAAGUUGAAAAAAUUGAUUGACGUGGAUUUGGUAAAGUGGACAGAGUUGAAAAGACGUGUGAUGAAGAGGAAGUGUUCUUAGUGAGGAGCAGAAAAUGAAAUGAUGCAUUAAUAGACCCGAAGAGAAAAAGCCAACGAUGGCUACGGCAAAUAAGGGUUGGACAAGACAGAAAUUGACAUUAAUUUACUUCUUAGGGGUGUAACGUAGCAUUGUAAAGUUUACUAGACAUAUGAAGUGCUGUUAAAGCGACAUAUUUUUGAUAUGAUGCAUCGACUUCUAAGUAACCGCACUCAUUUUUAUAUGUAUUGGUACCAGAUGUGUACAGUUUGUUAAAAGACAACGUUUUGUACUUAUGGAAUCAUUUAAAAAGCUAAUUUUCCAUCCCAACAAAGCUGAAGCAUCAUCCCUGUUGAAAACUUUUAAAAUAGGGCUGAUUUUUCUUUUACUUUUCGUUAUCGUAAGAGCCGUUUGGACUGUUUCAGUAUUUUACUUAGCAGUACAGUACUUAAUUUUGUUAAGCUGCACUUUAAUUGAGUUCUACUGUGUGGUCAAAAUGUAUUUAUGUAUUUGUAGCCUGUGGUGGCUGUGGUCUCUUUUAAAAAAGCACAAUCGUAAUCAUAAUGUAGCCAACGGAUAUGUUUAUUUACAUUUAUCCAAAAACCCAUUAGCAGUUAAGAAAUGGCCUUGUAACAGCACGGCACACGCCAAGCUGAUUAGUGAUCAGUUCAAUAUCUAUGCAAGUUACUUAAAAUUGUGGUACCUAAUCAAAAAUACAACAGUGCAGUGUACAGUGCAACGUCUGUAUUCAUAAAGGCCACGCGUACUGUAGUAUUAGUAACAAAACAUUUCAAAUCAAGUAGUAGAGGAUUGUGUUAAUGUAGCCUUUUGUGAGAUACUUGAUGCAGGUUGUCGAUGAGUCAUUUGACCUUUUUACGAACAGGAAUAGAGAGUCUGAGAGUUUUGUGCAAUGAAGAUCAUCAGAGUUACAGUCAGCGUUUUGUAGUAGAGCUGAUGAGGGCUAACAGAUACAAAUGUUACACAUGUUUACGUUUUUUUUUCAGCUUCUUUGCAUGCGUGCGUCUCUGAUUUCCACGACUUCAGCCUUUCAUCGAGCUUGUUUCAGGACUAGUCUCUUCUCUGUAGCCUGGUUCAUGACACGUGCGUCUUGUGCGCGUCUCACGAAUGUACACAAUGCAAGUUCACAUCACAUUACACCAAAGACAAAAGAGUAGACGAUAGACGCCGCCUUGGAUUCCUCUGACACGUGUAUGGAUUUCUUUAUGUAGGAACGCUGAAGGACAUUUUCAAUGAGCUUUCUGAUGCGCCCUCAACUCCAUCAGAAACAUUCAGCAGAAGCCUUCAUGAGGCUCAUUCAGAAUGUGUUAUUACUGUGAUUCAGAAGAUGUCCCAGACGAAAUAAUUGAGCCGUCCCGCUCUUCGGUAACACAGAUGAUGCUUUAGCACUGGACAAAAACAGAAUUAUGGGUCGGCCACCUUGUGUUGAGAGUAUUUUUAUUUUUUUUUUGUAAUACAUUAUGGUGCUGGAGUCCACAGUGAGGAAUGUGCUACACAAGCCUUUUUUAUAAUGAAGUAAUGGACAUGGAGGCGAUUGGACGUUUCAUAGAAACCCAAUGCACGAUUUUAAUUUUAUUGUAUUUUAUUUUGCAAUGGCUGGUUUUGAUGAUGUCCUUUUUGAGAUUCCUAACUUAAAAUCAAAUUAAUAUAUUUAGUGCAUUUGCCUGCUGUAGUUCAAAUUAUAUGUUUUUACACAUGAUGAAGUUAAAUUCAUUGUGUCAUCUCUAAUUUUCUUGUUUCUUCUUGUUUACUGUGAAAUACGUUAUGUGUAUAUAUUAAACCGUUGUGCCUUUACUGUUACCAUGGUAAUGACAUGUACAGUGUGUUUCGGUCAAAUGUGCUAGCUCUUUAGUGCUUUGUAACCUUUUCCAUGUAAAUAUGGGUUUCAACAGACUCCUACCAGCAGCCCAGACAGCACAUUCACAACCCUGGACCUGUUCCUGCUAACUAGAGUGAUUAAAAGGUGCCUGGACAAUAAAAAAUGACUACAUGCAAUAAAUCA